ACGUGUUAGACUUGUGCACAACUGUGCUAGUCGAAUGAAACACCAUUGUAAAUCUGCAUAAUAAAUGCUACAAUAGCUUGGUGUACUAGUUCUGCAUGUUGAACGGAGUCUGAGAUACGACUGAAUUUAUUCACAGCAAACGUGGUCUAACACAGACUAGAUUCCCAGCAUAGAGCACAUUUGUUUCUUGGUCGGUCGGCAGAGUGACACACACACACACACACACACACUGAAUGCAUAAAUUUGUGGUGUUGCUGGUGAAUCAUUUCUAUUUCCUAUUCCCUUCUAAUUACACAUUCAACGCUCGCUCCCAAUAAUCCCUCCAUUCCAACCACCAUUCGUCCCACCGACCGAAUACGACCUGAAAGUGGAUGGAAAGACAAGCGAGCAGUGCAGUGUUCAUUCAUUCCAUUGCCCCAUUCCUAAGUAUUCCCUUCUACCACUGUUCCCCUCCGCUCAGUGCAUAUUCAUAAUUCACAAGCAAGAGCAGUAUUGAGUUCUGAGGCUAGAAGGAAUUAUAUCCGACCACGUGUGAAACAGUUCGCCGUGUUUUGCUCAGUGCAACUUAACUUCACUUACUUGCCUUAUAUUCUGCAAUAGAAGUAGAACAGCGUUGGCGUGUUGCUGUUUUUUCUAUACUUGCACGCUCUAUCUUUUUAGUUCACUUAUUUUCUGGUUUCCUUUCUUUUCCCUCUUUCCUCAGUUGCCUGUGAUUCGCUCACUGAAAGUGCAUGCCGAAAUAACGAAAAAGAAGAGAAGAGAAGAGACCUCGGGCAUUCAGUCGACGCCAAUAUUCCAUUCCGUUCUCUUCUUCCUUACCGCUAUAUUGAGGCAGUAGCUCUAGAAGCCUAGGCCGCUCCCCUCCCCUCCCCGCAUAGGGAAAAAUACUUAGCAACUCAAUUCAGUCAUUCAAUCGGUCCCUUCAUUGAGGAAAUUUCGAUCACCCCUUCUUAUUUUGGGCUUCUGUCCGAUAGCUUUCUUUGUGUGUACUCGAUUCUCACGUCCAAUCAAAGACACAAAUUCUCCUGAACUAGAUAUUCUUUCUAGUUAAUUCGGUUCGCCUUAGUUUAAACAUUCACCACUUUAGUUAAGUUGGUUGAACCAUUGCCAAAGCAGGAGUUACUUAGUAGUACCAAGAUUUAUCGUAUUUGAUCUUUGGACUGGUAUGAAAUCUAAUUGAUAAUUGGCACCCGCCCAAGCGUCAAUUUGCAAAUCUCGUCCAUUCCCAUUCGUAGAAUUAAUGCUGUUGGCAAAUAGCGCAUUAGCUAGUUUGGUACUUAUUAUCUUCCUAACUAAUUACUUGUGAGCUAAUUAGCGUUUGAUUAUUGAGGCGACACUGCCAUAUUGUACCAGUGUAGCUUCCGAGUCUUUCCAAAAAGAUUUCUUAUCACACACUCAUUCGAGUUUGAUCAUUCAGAUAAUGUAGUUGAUUUAAUAAGUCAAGUCUACUUCUUAUAGUACAACAUUCAGAAACUUCAAAACAAACCCUCACACAUAUCUUGUUAUUAUAUUUACUCAGACUGAACCAUUUCAGUCGCACGCAACAACUACUUUGUUAAAUGAAAAUUCAGAAUCUGUGGAGCUCAUCGAGGAGUUAUCUUGACUCUAGCGCGUCGUCCUCAUACUCACGGGCAGAAUCUCAAGUGUCCUCCUCACAUCAAGCAGAGCAAAAACCACUCAUCACCCAUAAAUCCAAAAAAGCACCCUCCCCGUCCUACAGAAAGACGAACGAAAUCAUCCCCAAAAGCUCAAUUUUGAGACGGAGCCCAAGUUCAUCCAGCACACAGCCCAUCCCAAUUCCGAAAACGAAAAGCAGCAGCACCAGCUACAACCGAGCAAACAUUUGUCAAACGAGCAGCAGUUACAAUAUCACGAAAGCCGUUCAUACCAUAAACCCUUUCUCGCUGAGAUACGUGGAAGGCGUCGAACCCAUAACAGUAGUACAAAGUACGGAAGAGGGGGGAGACUUAGAGUACCAGAAAGGAGGAAGCGGUAUUCCAUUCUACGAGGAAGAGGAGUUGCCAGCUAGCAAUUCCUACUCUAACCCCAGCCCGCUUUCGGUCGUUUACACUAGAUUUACAGUGAACCAAUACCCAAAGUCUAAUUCCCUCUCGACCGAAUCCUUGUCCAGUUUGGAGGAAAUACCCUCUACCCCAGUGAAUAGAGAAAGUGAAGAGAAUACUCCAACCAGCGAGGACUACACAACUGAGUGUAUACCAUCUCCGCGGCAAAUUGCACAGCAGAGUAGAAAUAGACAAGACAGACAUCUGAGCCGCAAUCAGAACGAUUCGCCCGUUAAGACCCAGCAAUAUAGAGGCAGCAGUGGUGCAGAGGCAAAAUUAUCACUGGAUUCAAAGACCACAGGCCGCCAGUCUUUCCGACGCAGUUUGCCCACUGGACUAGUUGUGUCCAAUAUCGCACCGGCGUUUGCACGUCUGAAGCAAAUUGUUUCAUCCGUCAGAAGGUCACGAAGUUCGUCUGCACGGAUGAGUGUAAGUGGAACGAAGCGGAAAAGCAGUCCGCCGACUUUCUCGAACGGAUCGGAGGCGUCUGGGUCCUCGACCAACCCUGGAUCCAGUUCAAACAGUAACAACCACGAUAAUGACGCAAACCCGACAAAGAUGCGAAGACGGCAGCUUUCGCAACCUACAACUACACCAGCCAAUCAUGAUGCUGCAGCAACUAUCGAUAGCAUACUUUCCAAGUAUUUUGAUUCCCCUUUCUAUCCGUACCCGGAUCCUAGAGAUCCUGUAAAUCGUAUAGGUACGCCAGGCUGGGAACCUCCCUCGCGCAAAAGACAGGCGUGGGAAAGGGGGUCUCGCUUGCCACCUCCACAAAGCCGACUCAGGAAGAACAGGACCAAAGACUCUAGUGUGGUGUCUGUGAUUCCAUGGAUCGAAAUUCAGAAGAAAGAAUUUGAGCUGCCUUACAAACUGAGAGUGCAAUUAGACCAGACGCCAAUACCUCACGAGCAGCAGCUGAAACAUUCAUGGAACGAUCAGGACAAAUCUCUGAACAUAGUGCUAUUGCCUCACACAAACUCCUUGGUGUUCAGAAGGUAUCCCGUCGCCCAAAGUACAGACUGUAUCAGAGGCAAGAUUGGCUUCUCUUCUGGCUUGCAUGUCUGGCACAUCAAAUGGCCCUCAAAUCAAAGGGGAACUCACGCCGUAAUCGGAGUCGCAACUAAGGAUGCACCACUUCAUUGUUCGGGCUACAAGUCACUGAUUGGAAGUAAUACCGAAUCAUGGGGUUGGGAUAUAGGAAGAAGCAAAUUGAUGCACGACUACACCAAUAGCCCUCCGAGUCCGUAUCCGUCUACAAUUUUGGACAAGGACGAGGUUCUGGUAGUACCGGAGAAGAUAACUGUGAUUUUGGACAUGGACGAGGGAACCCUGGCGUACAUGGUUGAUGGUCAGUACCUGGGGGUGGCCUUCUCCGGGUUGAAUCAAGCCAACAAACCACUGUACCCUAUCGUGAGUGCGGUUUGGGGACACUGUGAAGUGGAGAUGUCAUACAUACAUGCACCACAAGAAAUGACUUUGCAAUCAAUGGCCAGAUACGAGAUCAGACGCAGUAUGCGACAAAUGUUCCAACAGCUGAAGUUGUCUAUGGGUUCAUGUCAUAACGACAGCUCCAACCAAAUGGCAGAAGUGAACAGCAAUAACAACGGGAACUGCUGUUUCAUGCCUAACCCUGCGAUUGUAUCAGUGCUCAACCCAAAUAACUCCACAGCAAUGCCACCACCGCCGUCCACAGCAUCCAAUGGGUGUUCUUCUUUUUUCACUCAAAUCACAAACACUUUUCUACCCAGACAACUAUCCAACUCCCAAAACAACUCGAACUCCACUCCGGCUAAUGGAUCCAGUCGCCAUAUAGAACCGACGGGGCCCUGGUGGAAUCGUCAAUCUUCUGCCUCUGCGAGUAACCCUCUGCCUGUCUCGGAGUUGACGACUACAGUCAUUCCAGAAGCAUUCAUCAAAGGUUUGCCGACUCCGACAGAAGUCAUGACCUUUACACAACAGUGCCUAAAGUCGCAGAGCUCGGCAUCGUCGUCAUCAUCAGAAACGAUGACCGAGAUGAACAAUGGAAACGUGGGACCCUCUUGCGGUCCCUCGAAGGAUCCGAACUUGCUUUUUCAGCAGCAGUUGUCAACACUCGCAUCUUGUCAUGUGGAUGCGAUUCCGUUCCAGCUACUACCUCCCGGAUGUAACAGUGAUUCGCAGUUCAUUCAGCAUCACGUUGAAUACCUUCAGAUUCCAACAUGCCUAAAGCAGUACCUAGCUUGACACCUAAGGACAAAACAAACCGACCUAAAUCGGCAUCCGCGGGAGCUUUUUCUUCUGUUCGACUCCAAUGAAGCAAGCGUUCCACCUUCUUCAAUAGAUAACCUUUGCUUUUCUUUGUAGUUUACCUUUAUUUUUUGCCAAUUUGCUUCUAUGCUAAUUAUCAUUUCUUAAAUAAAAAUAAUCUGAGAAUCUUUCUGAAAUUUUAUCAAGUGCUGAUGUCGUUUAUCUUAUCAAUGCUGAAUACAAAUUUAGAAAAUAUUAAAAUUUAAAUAUAGUUACAAAUUAUCCUAAAUGCUGUAAAUGUUCCAUACGCAACCAAUGAAGUUGCGAAUAAUUUUCGCUAAUGGAAAAUUACUCUUUCUCUCUUAAUAUCGUGCGUUGGGUAUUUUGUUCAAAAGUUAGUGGGAUCUUCAAGCUUUUUUGAUCAUUUUGUUCUUGUGGUGCAAAAUUUGAUUACAAAACUAAUUCGAGAUUGUGAAAAGUGAAAAUUGAAAAAAUUGUAAGUGUAUUCCUCAUAAGUCUUGGUGCUUCAUAAAAUUAGUUAAAUUUUAAAUUUCACCCAGCAAAUAAUUUUAAUCUGAAUUCAAACUGAUCCCAAAUUUUAAAUCCAUUCAAAAGUUGGCAGUGAUUUAAAACUUGCAAAUAUGAUUAUCGCGGAAAUUUUCUUAACUAUUUUAGAUCUAGUUGUGAGAUUUUAGACAUCGGUGCUCUUUUUCGGAAAAUUUUAAGAGGACUUUAAUGCUAUGAAUGAGUGGGUUAAGGGUGUGGGUAUUCAAUGAAACUAAAUAACUCAUAAAUAACAACCAUUUGCAUUGAUGGCAUUUUUAGUCUUCGAACUUUUUAGUUUCUUUUCCUCUCCUCGUUCUAAACAGUCAGAUUAGUAAUGUAGUGUUUGUUAAAGUAUAGUAUUAAUUACCUCUUGAUAUCUCUCGUUCAGUCUAGGCGUGACUGAUGACUAGUUAUAUUGUAUGGUCCGCAAAUGGUAAAUAUUUCAGUUUCUACGAUUGUUAUUAUGUCUUUUCAUGAUCGAAUUUGAUAUUUCAGUAUUUGAAAAUCUCCAUUUCUCAAUAUUUCUUCUUUUCUAAUUAUCACUCUAAUUUUUUAAUAAAAAAUUCACGUCUGUACAAAUAAAUAA